AUGGUUGCUGGAAUGAAAAUUAGCACUCGAAGGGUGUACUACGAGCGCGUCAACUCCCACGCCGCGGGCACCUGCUUCCACUUCUCCAACUGCGGCGUCAAGGACAUCUCUAAGAAGCUGGUCCAUCUUUCGAGGUUCUCCUGCACCAAAAUAAGAUUUUCGAAAGGAUUUGCAUUUGCCAAUUUAGAGACAGCUAAUGAGUUUGAGGAACAAAGAUCUCGCUUCUUCCAGGAAAACGAGCGGCGCGACGACUACAUGGAGAUGCGCGAGGGCCUCGACCUGACCAACGUGAACUUCCGCGAGUUCGUGAUCGCGCGGCGGGACACGAAGCGGCUGCCUUGGUACACGCGCCACUCCGUCUUCUGGGUCGCGUCGCUGCUGCUCCUGUCGUGGCCGCUGAGGCUGAUCGUGGAGUACAACACGGCGUAUGUGCACUACCAGGUGACCAAGCUCUUCGGGGUGAACUACACGACGCCUGUGAGCGGCGGCCGCGCGUCCCGCGGGUCGGCGGCGACUGACAGCCACGACCUGGAGGUGACCAUCGCCAACAACUGUACCGUGGUUCCCUCCUACAGCGAGGCGCUCCUCAUGGACAUCGGCGGACCCGCGUCGCUCACGCCCGCCGUCGACGCCAACGGCAACAUCCAGAACGGAGGGAGCCUCCCGGCGGCGCCGUCCUCCGCCAGCGUCGGCUCGGAGCUGGCGCCGUCGUCCAUAGAGGCAGCGGCAUCGCGCACGUCCCUGCACAACGGCUACGUCCUGUACCACCCCUCGCCCCUCGUCCCUGUCACGCCGCUCGACCCUUUCCAGGGGCGUCGACGCACCACGCCCACAGAGGCCCCGCCCACCUACGACGACGCGCUGCGGGUGUCAGCUCCCCUUCUGGGCACAAUGUCCCCCUCUCCGCUGAGACGCUCACACACAGAGCGGGACAUCCCCUCUACCCCGCGUCUGGCACUCCCCAGGCACUCGUGCCACUACGACCUGGAGACGCAGCUAUGA